AUAUGGAAACAAUAUGACGCUGACCAUAAUGGCUUUAUAGACAGUGUUGAACUGAAGAAUUUCCUACGCGACCUCCUGAGAGAAGCUAAGAAAGACCAGGAUGUCUCCGAGGACAAACUCAUUGAGUACACAGACACCAUGCUUCAAGUCUUCGACCAAAACAAGGACGGCAAGCUUCAACUUUCUGAAAUGGCCAAACUGUUGCCAGUAAAAGAGAACUUCCUGUGCCGGUCGGUAUUCAAGGUGAGCCAGGGCGCGUCCAAACUCACCAAGGAGGACAUCGAGAGGGUCUUCGCCCUCUACGACAGGGACAACAACGGCACGAUUGAAAACGAAGAAUUAAAUGGGUUCUUGAAGGAUUUGCUGGAGCUGGUGAAGAAGGAUUACGACGCGCUGGACCUCCAGGAAUUCCAAGAUGCCAUCAUGCGAGGCUGCGACUUCAAUAAAGAUGGCAAGAUCAAUAAAAAGGAACUGACCAUGAUCUUGUUGGCUCUAGCCAAGCAUGGCGCCGAGGACGACAUGCAAACCGGCGCGGGCAUGGUUGGCAAUAACCCGUUGGCAGAGAUCGCGACUAUGGGCAUGAAGGCACUCAAACUCCAGAAACUCCGCGUCCGCCAUUUUGUUAAUCGUACCCUUGGCACGAACAGUACUAGUUAGUUAGAUUAGCUGCAACUAAUUUAACAAAAAGAAGGGGGAAGGGGGGGGGAAGGGGAUUGUGAGAAGGAAGAUAUCUUUAGUCUAAGGUGACGAGUAAGGACUAUGAAGCGUUACCAAAUUGGGGGUCGCCCGGCAAAGAAAAUUUUCUUCGUGGGCUUGUCUCGAAACAACGAGAGAGCCUGUGUGUGUGUGUGCGUGUGUGUGCGUGUGUGUGUGUGUGUGCGUGUGCGUGUGCGUGUGUGUGUGUGUGUGUGUGUGUGUGUGUGUGUGUGUGUGUGUGUGUGUGUGUGUGUGUGUGUGUGUGUGUGUGUGUGUUUUCCAUGGGGCAUUUUAGGCCACUAUCGAGCGUAGAAAUUUGCUUGUUCUCCAGCGCCUCAUUUUACUCUACUGAUACCAGGCAUAAAGAAUGUCAGGUGGGAAAAAAAAUCUUCCUGAGACUCUCGCAAUUUAAAGAUUUUAAUGAAAUAAUGGAUAAUCGUUGGUCAUAUUUGUUUACCAAAACCUGUAUCUGAAGCUUGCUGAUGACAAAUGUGAUUUAGGGGGUGUGAACGGCAGGUGAAAAUAAGAAAAAACUGUUCUUUCAAGUUGAGAGAGAGAGAGAGAGAGAGAGAGAGAGAGAGAGAGAGAGAGAGAGAGAGAGAGAGAGAGAGAGAGAGAGAGAGAGAGAGAGAGAGAGAGAGAGAGAGAGAGAGAGAGAGAGAGAGAGAGAAUGACCUCUUCCAAUUCUCCCUUUACUACUUCAAGACUGUAUAACUAAGUUCAUUUCAUCCUCUUGCCACAAACCUGGGUUAGACAGGACUGGCUUGGUCCCCUUACUACCCAUUUCUUCACCACUAAUCAGGUUCUGAAUGUAAAAAUCAGCCAAUUUGGGUUAAAACCCAGAAACCAUCAUCCCGGCUUCUAUUUAACACCAUUCAUACUUAGGAAAGCCUAAAGUAAAAGGUCUCUGGAACUAACAAAAAUCAGAGGUUCUCAGUCCAGAUGACCAUGCAGUCACCUUAGAACAUGACGAACACAACCUCAUGUUAUGCUAAGUUGUAUAAGUUCACUGUCGGUAUUACCUUUGGGUUUCCAAGCCUACUUUCAGGCUUCAUGAACUUGGGGGUUGGGAGGGCUUCUCAGCCGUUGUCCGUGCCUGAGGCUUUAGGGUUAAGUUCAAAAGAUACAAACUGGACCCUUUGUCAGAAUGCUGAUCCAGCAGGUUGAGGAAUUAUGUUGAGAAAAAGUCUUUCAAAAAAGGUACUUUAUAUCCCUUGAGCAAAUUAGUAAUUAUUCUCUAAAUGGAAUGAUAAAAGUAAAUCUGCUUAAAUCAGCAUUUUAGGCAAUAGAUCUUAUUGAACUAACAUGUUAGCGGGUUAAUCGCUAAACGACAAGGAUCACGUUUUCUGUUAACCCAGCUUCGUCCUUCCACAGAAAACGGGCAUCAGACAGAGAAAAUCUUCCAAAGUCUAGAUUCGUGCUUCUAAUGUUUAACAUUACUCACAUACAAUGUUUACAUUGCCUUCAACACAAGAACGGCUAUGUAUAUAUAUAUAUGUCUAGUUACAGCGUGGUUACAGCUGAAGUUACAUAAUUUCCCCUACCAUUUAUCUCAAACCUAACGUUAUACUCUGCUCAUGUAAUAUUUGGGGAAAUUAUAUGAUUCAAAACUUUUUAAACAAUAUACAUAAUGGAAAAAAAUGUAAAGGUUUUUGGAACAUGAAUUUAUCAUAAAUCAAAAUUAUGGGUGAAAUAACAUCUUAAAUUUUGAUUUUGAUUAAAAACUGUUAUCAGAAAACCAUGAAAUGUGAAACGUUUCCUAAGUCUUGCGUUAUCUAGUUUUCUAACGUGUCAGUAAAUAUAUAAAUAAAAAUUAAUUUCUUGGGGUAACUAUAAUUAUGGUGGCGCCAGCCUGUCUCUGUACCUUGAGGCAACUGCAUUUAUUAAGCAAUUUAUUAAGCAAUUGCAAUUUAGCAUUUAACUCUCUGUUUUUCUUCUCUAACCUUUCUACCUUUUCGAGAAAAAAAAAUUCUUGUGCUCCAUAUCCUAUCGAAUAUAUCUUUAUACAUAUAUGUUAAACUAUAAUAUUAAAGCUUAUUUUCUGAAACUCCACGAAACAGUGGAAAUAUAAUGUUACUAUUAUCCACACCUGGAAAUGGAACAGACAUGGAAAUAGACUGUUUUCUGAUGUAGCUUGUAGCGCAUGAGAGUGGGCAACCCCGCAACCACACUACACCCCUUGUUUGGAACAGCUUACAUAUAGUCUAUCUAUAUUACUUUUAAAUACCUAUACCUCAGUUACACUAUGUAAUUAAGAUAUAUAUAUAUAUAUAUAUAUAUAUAUAUAUAUAUAUAUAUAUAUAUAUAUAUAUAUAUAUAUAUAUAUAUAUAUAUGACUAAUGGUCUCCUUGUUGACGAGUAUGCUCCCUCUCUGCGCAAUCGCUUCCGUGUCUUGCUCCGACUCCAGAGUGUAGUAUUGAUGUUAUUGAAAGAAUGUUAUGUAAUUAAAGGUCUUUUUUUUUAGAAAGUCCCUCGAUGACAGACAGACUCUGAGGUUGAUGCCAACAGAUCUCCCAAGCCAUAAGAGUAAUUCAAGAUGGCGAUGUACUCAGCUACAUGGGUCGACCAGGCUUCACAUGGGUCACUACCGGACAGCCAGCCCAUGUUAGCCUGGUCGACUCCGCUUUGAGUACCAACCAGUACUUCUUGUGCAUGAAUAUUUCUGGUCAUUUCUAAGUUAUCGAGGACUAUAAGUAAGUACUUUUCUCCGGCCAAUGGUGAUAUGUGGCUACACUCUCUUGUUACUUAUGUCCGUGUUGUUCUAAGAACGUUGUGUCAAUAUCGAAAAUAUAAAAAAAAAAAUUGUCUUACAGUCCAACGUUGCCAGAUGCAGGGACCUUGUGUCCGGCAUUCCAUUAUGUGGGUUCUGUUCAUCAAACUCAUCCCUAGACAGUAUAUAAAAGUCAUUUAAUAAACGCCUUUAUAAGCGUAUCAUUAAGAUGCAUAUCAUCGCAGUGAAGAGUAAUUAUGUUGCAUGUCUGGCGUCGUUGCUGCGACCCGUCAACAAGGUAUAAUAUAAUGCUUGUGUACAAAAAAUACGAAUUUAAAAUCAAAAUUAUCCUAUAUGAAGCCUAAUACACAUGUCUAAAAUCCUUGGAAUCUAUUAUAUACAAUAACAAUAAUUGUUUUUUUUGGGUUUUAAAAACAGGUAAAAUACAAGUUGUCGGGUCUCUGACUUAAAUGUUUAACUUCAUUUAAUUCAUUUAAGAGUUUUCAAUAACAAAUAAAGGUCUUCUGUUAU